AUGGCGGUCUUUGUGUUGUUGAAGCUUUUCCUUUCUAGUUGCAAGAUAUGCCAGGCUCAUGUUGUUCAGUGCAAGAUCAGAGAUCCACACCCUCCACUUCAACAGUAUCGUCAGUCAGGAGACCUCUUUGUCGGUGCGGUUGCUUCUCUCAGCUUCAACAUCAAUCCGAUAAAAUUCGAGGAAUAUACUCAGCUGGCUCUGUUUGAAGACCUUAUAGUUGUUCCUCAGAAUUACCAACACAUUAUGGCAUUGGCCUUUGCAGUAAAGGAGAUCAAUGAAAACCCUCAGAUAUUACCCACUCUUACUUCCUUGGGCUUCCACAUCUAUGACAGCUAUUUCAAUGGAAGAUGGACCUUUGGUGCCACAAUGCGACUUACAUCUUCACAAGACCCAUUUGUCCCCAACUACAAAUGUGACACCCAGGAUAACCUGGUAGCAGUCAUUGGAGGCCUGGACAGUGACAUUUCACUUCACGUGGCAACUAUAUUGGGCACCUACAAGGUUCCUCAGCUCCAUGACUUCCUCAGAGGGCUUGCAUUUAACGACAGCACUGGCAACAAAGUUUCAUUGAACGAGAAUGGGGAAUUGAUAGCUGGAUAUGACAUUAUGAAUUGGGUAAUUUCCUCAAACCAAUCCUUUAAUAGGGUGAAGGUUGGGAGAAUGGAUGCUCAGACUGCUCCAGAACAUGCAUUCACCAUCAAUGGGGAAAUUAUAACAUGGCCGAGCUGUUUCAACCAGGUGCAACCCAUUUCUGUGUGCAGUGCCAGCUGCCAUCCUGGCUAUAGCAAGCAAGUGAAGGAAGGAGAGCAGUUUUGCUGCUAUGACUGCAUCCCAUGUCCAGAAGGAAAGAUUUCUGACCAGAAGGACAUGAAGGAUUGCUAUCAAUGCCCAGAUGAAAAAUUUCCACGUAAAACCCGGGAUUUUUGUAUUCCCAAGUACAUCAUCUUCUUGUCUUAUGCAGAACCUUUGGGACUCAGCUUAGCUGUUUCUGCACUUUCCCUCUCUGCGAUCACAGCUGUGGUGCUGGGAACAUUUAUAAAGCACCACCACACUCCAAUUGUCAAAGCCAACAACCGGAGCCUCUCCUACACUCUUCUCAUCUCCCUUCUGCUCUGCUUCCUUUGUUCACUACUAUUCAUUGGUCAACCUGCAAAAAUUACCUGUGUGCUCAGACAACCUGCUUUUGGCACCAUCUUUUCCAUGGCUAUUUCUUGCGUUCUGGCCAAGACCAUCACUGUGGUUCUGGCUUUCAUGGCUACCAAACCAGGAAGCAGAAUGAGGAAAUGGGUGGGAAAAAGACUGACCAACUGCAUUGUUUUUUCCUGCUCCCUUGUCCAAGGAGGACUUUGUGCUGUGUGGCUGGCAACAUCUCCUCCAUUCCCAGAUGUUGACAUGCACUCAGUGAUUGAGGAAGUUAUACUGGAAUGUAAUGAAGGAUCCUUGAUUCUGUUUUACUGCAUGUUGGGCUAUAUGGGUUUCCUGGCCAUUGUUAGCUUCAUUGUGGCUUUCUUUUCCAGGAAGCUGCCUGACAGUUUCAACGAAGCCAAGUUCAUCACCUUCAGCAUGUUGGUGUUUUGCAGUGUUUGGUUAUCUUUUGUUCCAACCUACUUGAGCACGAGGGGAAAAUACAUGGUAGCUGUUGAGAUCUUCUCAAUCUUAACUUCCAGCACUGGUUUGCUUAGCUUAAUUUUUGCCCCUAAAUGCUAUAUCAUUUGGCUUAGACCUGAGUUAAACAACAGGGAAGGAUUAAUGCGGGCAAAAAGUCAAAGUGCAUCACUGGUAUCCAAGACCCUCAAUGUUAGAUGUAGGAUUGGAGAUCUACAUCCUCCUGUGCAAGAGUACCACCAAUUAGGAGACAUCUUGGUUGGUGGGAUUGCUUCUCUGAGCUUUGGCAACAAUCCAACAGACUUCAAGAAAUAUCCCCAGCCAUCCUCAGUUGGAGAGCUUAACAUGCUACCUAAGUAUUACCAGCAUAUUCUGGCCUUGGCAUUUGCUGCAAAAGAGAUCAAUGAAAACCCUUGGAUCUUGCCCAAUGUCUCCUUGGGCUUCCAAAUCUAUGACAGCUACUUCAAUACAAAGCAAACCUAUCAUGCUACGUUGCAACUUACAUCCUCCCAAAAGAAAUUUGUUCCUAACUUCAAAUGUGACACCCAGAAAAAUCUGCUAGCCAUCAUUGGAGGACUUGAUUCCGAAGUCUCGUUGAACGUGGCAACAUUAUUGAGCAUAUAUAAGAUUCCACAGAUCAUGGAGGAAGGGCGGGAAGGGUUUGGUCAGUGCUUGGCUCUCAUGGAUGCCAAGUUGGGCAUGUUACCUAAGUAUUACCAGCAUAUUAUGGCCUUGGCAUUUGCUGCAAAAGAGAUCAAUGAAAACCCUCUGAUCUUGCCCAAUGUCUCCGUGGGCUUCCAAAUCUAUGACAGCUACUUCAGUACAAAGCAAACCUAUCAUGCUACGUUGCAACUUACAUCCUCCCAAAAGAAAUUUGUUCCUAACUUCAAAUGUGACAUCCAGCACAAUCUGCUAGCCAUCAUCGGAGGGCUGGAUUCCGAAACCUCAUUUAAUGCGGCGACAAUAUUGAGCAUCUAUAAGAUUCCACAGCACGCUCAGGUCAAUCUCCAUGAGGAUCUGCAAGGCCACUCCAUGCAGUCAGGAAUGCCAUUUUCUCCCACUUGCAGCACAACUGCCUCCGGGAAGACGAAACCAGGGGAGUAG